AUGUCUUCGUAUGCAUCAGAUCAAUGUUCAAUAUGUAGAACUUCAUUAAAUUCGAAAGAAUUCGAUGAAAUAACAACUUCAUGUGGACAUACAUUUCAUCGUGAAUGUGCACAAAAACGUUUAGAUCGAUAUAACAAAACAGAUUGUCAAGUUUGUCGUCAAGAUCGUGCUCUUGGAGAUGCUUUAUCCAGACAAAAAAUCACACCACCCGAAACUAGGAGAAGAGAACAAAGUCCUGUUCCCUCCGCUCGCCCAAAUGACCGUGACAACGACAACUGGUCCUGUAGAAAAUGUCACAAGUUCAACGAGAUCUCCUCAAAACGUUGUUAUUCAUGUGGUACAUAUAAAGAUGAUCGCGAGUCUUCUCAUUCGCAGUCUACAUUUAGAAACAACGAGGACCAUAACAACUUGACAAGGGACAAUCGUGAUUUUCGUACAUCUCUUCGGCCAUCCUCCCCUCCAAGAACACAAAGCAAAGAAAUUGUUUAUGUUGUUAAUUUGCCAUCAGACAUCAAAGAUGAUUUUGAUUUAACUAAUUUGGUCCGGACUCGCAUGGAAAAUAGUCUCCAAAUUCCUAUUCGUGAUAUCAAAUGUUAUUGUAAACUUGGUAUAGGUACUAUUCAAGUGGCUGAUAGACAAACAAAGAAUCGUCUUGUUCAAUCGAUUCAAGAAAUAACAUUGAAUGUGGGAGGAAAAUCAAAUACGAUUGAAUUUGUUGAAACAUUAGAAUUGACUUCAUUUGUUGUAUUGGAAAUGAACAAAGAUUUGUCAUAUCCAAGUACAAAAGAGAUUAAUGUUCGUUGGAAAGAUCUCUAUGGANCUAGACAAGAAGCGUUCUACUACUUCGAGCUCAGUCGAAGUCGAUGA